GGCGUUGGCUUACCGGCAUUUCAUCAUUGUCCCGGGCAGGCCUGACACCGCGGUGUGUUAUAUUUAUUUAUUGUAGUUUCUUUAAAGUUAAUCGGAAGCGAACAUGCUCGGUCUGUGCCUGUACGUGCCCGUGUCCAACUCGGACCCAGUCGAGGUGGAGUACUUCGAGUCAAACGGACUGCCUUCGGAGCUGAAGUCCCUCUUCAACAAGCUCAGCGUGUUCCUGCCGUCUCAGGAGUUUUCAACCUACCAAAAAUGGCGACAAAAAACCUUAAAAGGGGGAGAAAACAAUGCAGACUGUCAGCUGGACUUCGAGGAGUUUGUUCAUUAUCUACAAGACUACGAGAAAGACCUGAAGCUGGUGGUGAAGAGUCUGGACAAGAAGAACGCAGGUCGAGUCGAUCCUAAAGAGUUCAUCCAGUCCCUUCAUGACCUCGGCGUUCACAUUUCCCUGCAGCACGCAGAGAAAGCCCUGCAGAGUGCGGAUAAGAACGGAAUGAUAACCAUCAGCAGUAAAGACUGGAGCAAAUACCAGGUGGUGGAGAAGACGGAGACCAUUCCUGAGAUCAUCCUGUACUGGAAACACUCCACGAUAUUUGACAUCGGCGAGAACUUGUUGGUCCCCGACGAGUUCACCGUUGAGGAGAAGCAGACCGGGAUGUGGUGGAGGCACCUGGUCGCAGGCGGAGGAGCCGGGGCCGUGUCCAGGACCUGCACGGCGCCGCUGGACCGACUCAAAGUCAUGAUGCAGGUUUACGGAACCCGAACCAACAACAUGUGCAUCAUGAGCGGACUCAUGCAGAUGAUCAAAGAAGGCGGGACCAGGUCCCUGUGGAGAGGAAACGGCGUCAACAUCAUCAAAAUCGCGCCGGAGUCCGCCCUCAAGUUCAUGGCUUACGAGCAGAUUAAGUGUCUGAUCCGCAGCGACAAGGAGACUCUGAGCAUCUUGGAGAGAUUUGUCGCCGGUUCUUUGGCAGGAGUGAUGGCCCAGAGCACCAUCUACCCCAUGGAGGUGCUGAAAACUCGCCUGGCGCUGAGAAGGAGCGGUCAGUACACCGGCAUCUCUGACUGCGCCAAGCAGAUCUUCAGGAGGGAGGGGCUCAGGGCCUUUUAUAAAGGCUACGUCCCCAACAUGCUGGGAAUCAUCCCGUACGCCGGCAUCGACCUGGCCGUGUACGAGACGCUGAAGAACAACUACCUGCAGCAGUACGGCACCAACAGCUCGGACGCCGGGGUGCUGGUCCUGCUGGCCUGCGGCACCGUGUCCAGCACCUGCGGCCAGCUCGCCAGCUACCCUCUGGCUCUGAUCCGAACCCGCAUGCAGGCGCAAGCUGUGACCGAGAGCAACCAGCAGGUCUCCAUGACCGGACUGUUCAGGCAGAUCCUGCAGAACGAGGGCCCCUCGGGGCUCUACAGAGGCCUGGCCCCCAACUUCCUCAAAGUCAUCCCGGCCGUCAGCAUCAGCUACGUGGUGUACGAGCACCUGAAGGCCCAGCUGGGCGUCACGUCGCGCUGACGCCCUCGUGUGGAGGAAUCUUCGGGGGUUCGAGUGGACGUCUCAUUCUGUGAAUGUCGGCCGACGUAACUCCGCAGAGGAGGACGUGGUCUCUGUGAGCUCAGGUCGUCGGGAUAAUCUGCUGCUAUGAACGUUUUUACGAGGAGUCGCUCGAGUGUCUGUACAACUGAAUAAAUAAAGGACCAAAUGUUUGUUGUUGUGACACUGGAAACGUGCGCCGUGUAGCAUAAAUAAGCUUAUUUUUAAAAUAGUCCUGCCUCUUGGAAAGAAAUGACUUUUUCAUGCCCAGACGAGAAGUCUUUGCACAACAGUUUGGUUUCUCUCCUCCCCGUCCCAGUUAACAAGUGACUCUUUAUUUAUUUACACCCAUCCUGUAUUUAUUUUUCUUUGAGAGAAUAAGUGGUUUUUCUUCAGGGUGUGGGACUGUCGCCUUAAUAUCUGUCGAACACUAAAUGCAGUUGUGUUAAAAUGUUAAACUAAAGUUUGUGUUUAGAUGGCCUUUUUUAUUUUAAAGGUCUUUAAAGUUCACCUCAGGUUGAAAGGGAAAAUGACAGAAAAGCACACGUUUGAGGAGGAUAAAUGCACUUUAAUCAGCGCUAGAAGGGCUUCUAAAUGACUUAUCAAUGCUGAACGCUGUUGUUGUGAAGAGUUUUAUAGUAUUAUUUUAACGGACCAUUUCAAUGCAAAAUAAAAGCACAUUCAAUAAAUAA